AUGGACCAUAGGUGGCAAUUCUUGCCAAAACGGCCUUCCGACGUCCCGUCGGGACAUUUCUGGCUAUUUGGACAAAAAACGGGAUCACCUAGACUUAUUUAUGACAAAGUGACAGCAUUUUUCAUAUUUUUGGUUAUUUGUGCAAAAUCGGGGCUGGACCCGAUGAAGGGUGUGACAGCAACCAAGGGAAAUGAGUUUGAAGACUACUUUCUUAAGCAUGAACUGCUUAUGGGAAUUUAUGAAAAGGGCUUUGAGAGACCAUCUCCAAUCCAAGAGGAAAGCAUUCCAAUUGCUCUAAUUGGAAGUGACAUUUUGGCUAGGGCCAAAAAUGGAACUGGGAAGACUGCUGCCUUCUGCAUUCCUGCUUUAGAGAAAAUUGAUCAAGACAAGAAUGCGAUUCAAGCUGUUAUUCUUGUCCCAACUCGAGAAUUGGCCUUCCAAACAUCCCAAGUUUGUAAAGAACUGGGAAAGCACUUAAAAAUUCAAGUUAUGGUUACCACGGGGGGGACUAGCUUAAAGGAUGACAUUAUAAGACUGUAUCAGCCAGGACCAGCUUUAUCUUCUUGCUACUUAAAUGGGGACUCCAGUGAACAGUGA